AAGUUGGCGAUAGUGUCUUCCAUCAGAGCGGUGUCAAAUAAAUAUCCAAACCCGAAACUUUGAAAAUCUCUCAAUCUUUAAUCUUUAUGCUAAGCUGUUCUUUCCGCUGUCUGUGACUGUCACUGACACUUUUAUUUACUAUUAGCGCCCCCGCUUUCCUCAGUUUCACACCCCCAUUUACGGAGACAGGUUAAUUAUUCACUUUCAAUUUGUCAGUUCAAUGUGGUUGUUCUAAUUUUCUUCUUUUAUCAUCAUUAUUAUUGGAUUUUUCUGUUUCUAUGACUGUCUUACUUCUCUGUUCUUCAACAACCACAUGUUGUAGCGGUAUGUCAUUUUGUUGUGCUUUGAAUGAUACUAAUUUCUGUGUUGUGAGCAAUCAUGGGUUAUUUGGAGGAGGAACCAAUUUUGUCAAAAUGAAAACUUUUUCAAAUGGGUCUUUGUUAAAUUGGAAGAAACGUGGAAGAAGACUUGUGAGUCAUCGUAAUAAUGACUUUGGUAUUAGAAUUAGAUGUGCCCGUGAAAAUGAGGUGGUUGUGGUUAAUGGCAAGAACAAAACUAGAGUGUCCUCUGAAGAAGUUAUGAGUGUUUUGAAGUCUAUUUUGGAACCAAGUUCUGUUUUUUCAUACUUUAAGUUAGUUUCCCAGUUGCCUAAUUUUGUGCAUAACACUGAUGCAUGCAAUUACAUGCUUGAGUUUUUGAGGGAUCAAGGGAGAAUUGAGGAUAUGGUUUAUGUAUUUAAUUUGAUGCAGAAGCAAGUUAUUUACAGGAAUUUGAAUACUUACAUGACAAUUUUCAAGGCUCUAUCGAUUAAAGGUGGGAUUGGAAAUGCGCCUUCUGCACUUGGAAAGAUGAGGCAAGCUGGGUUCGUGUUGAAUGCAUAUUCGUAUAAUGGUUUGAUUCAUUUACUACUACCAGGCUUUUAUAAAGAGGCUUUGAAGGUUUACAAAAGAAUGAUCUCGGAAGGGAUGAAACCUAGCAUGAAGACAUAUUCAGCAUUAAUGGUUGCAUUAGGGAGGAGAAGGGACACUAGAAAUAUUAUGAAUUUAUUGGAAGAAAUGAAGAAUUUGGGUUUGAGGCCAAAUAUAUACACGUAUACCAUAUGUAUUAGAGCGCUUGGGAGGGCUGGGAGAAUCGAUGAUGCGUGGGGGAUUUUUAAGCAAAUGGGUGAUGAAGGAUGCGGGCCUGAUGUUGUCACUUACACAGUUUUGAUUGAUGCUCUUUGUGCUGCGGGGAAACUUGACAAGGCCGGGGAACUAUAUGUAAAGAUGAGGGCUACUGGUCACAGUCCUGAUCGGGUAACGUACAUUACAUUAAUGGACAAGUAUAGUAACAUUGGUGACUUGGAAACUGUGAAAAGAUUCUGGGAUGAGAUGGAGGCCGAUGGUUAUGCUCCGGAUGUGGUUACCUACACUAUACUCAUCGAGGCUUUAUGCAAAUCCGGGGAUUUUGAUAGGGCAUUUUCUAUGUUAGAUGUGAUGACAAUGAAAGAAGUUUUUCCAAAUCUUCAUACUUACAACACAUUGAUCUGUGGACUUUUGAAAGCGAGAAGAUUAGACGAGGCAUUAGAACUUUUUGAAAAUAUGGAAUCUUUGGGUGUUAAACCAGCUGCUUUUUCUUAUGUUCUAUUUAUUGAUUAUUAUGGAAAAUCUGGUGAUCCUGGAAAAGCUUUUGACACCUUUGAAACAAUGAAAAAGAGAGGCAUUAUGCCUAGCAUAGCAGCAUGUAAUGCAUCUUUAUAUACUCUUGCAGAUACGGGUAGGAUCAGAGAAGCAGAAGAUGUAUUCAAUGAUCUUCACAAUUGCGGGCUUUCACCGGAUUCAAUAACCUAUAAUAUGAUGAUAAAGUGCUAUAGCAAAGCAGGACAAAUAGACAAAGCCACAAAACUUUUGUCCGAGAUGAUAAGCAAGGGGUGUGAACCAGAUGUAAUGAUAGUAAAUUCUUUAAUCGACACACUUUACAAGGUUGGUCGAGUUGAUGAGGCGUGGAAGAUGUUUGGUAGACUGAAGAAUUUGAAGCUAGCUCCUACAGUUGUGACGUACAACAUUUUACUUACCGGUCUUGGGAAAGAGGGAAAAAUCCUAAAGGCCCUUGAAUUAUUUGGGAGUAUGGCCAGUUCUGGAUGCCCUCCAAACACGAUAACUUUUAACACACUCCUUGAUUGUCUUUCCAAGAAUGACGCAGUUGAUUUGGCAUUAAAGAUGUUCUGUAGAAUGACAACGAUGAAUUGCAAUCCUGAUGUUCUAACAUACAACACCAUCAUCUAUGGCUUGACCAGAGAAGGAAGAAUUGAUUACGCGUUCUGGUUUUUUCAUCAGAUGAAGAAAUUUCUUUCCCCUGAUCAUGUAACUUUAUGCACCCUCCUUCCAAGUGUUGUGAGGCGUGGAAGGGUUGAGGAUGCAAUCAAAGUUGUAAUGGAGUUUGUACAUCAGACUGGUUUACGUGCAAACAAACAAAUCUGUGGAGAACUGAUGGAAUGUAUUUUAACUGAAGCAGAAAUAGAAGAGGCCAUUUCAUUUGCUGAAAGAUUGGUAUGUUAUUCUAUUUGCCAAGACGACCAUGUAAUGUUACCACUAAUUAGAGUCUUGUGUAAGCGGAACAAGGCCCUUGAUGCUCAAAAUGUAUUUGACAAAUUCACCAAAAAAUUGGGAAUUCACCCAACCUUAGAAUCAUAUAAUUGCUUGAUGGAUGGACUUCUCGGAUCUAAUUUCACCGAAAAAGCUCUAGAACUUUUUGGGGAGAUGAAGAGUGCAGGUUGUCACCCAAAUAAUUUCACGUACAACUUGUUGCUUGAUGCUCAUGGUAAAUCUAGGAGGAUCAAUGAACUUUUUGAGCUUUACAAUGAGAUGCACUGUAGGGGAUGCGAGCCUAAUGCUAUAACCCAUAAUAUUAUCAUCUCCGCCCUUGUGAAAUCUAAUAGCUUGGAUAAGGCAUUGGAUUUAUAUUAUGAACUCAUGAGUAGUGGUUUCUCUCCCACUCCUAGUACAUAUGGCCCUCUUAUAGAUGGUCUUUUAAAGGCUAGAAGAUUAGAGGAAGCAAUGAAGAUUUUUGAGGAGAUGUUAGACAAUCAAUGCAAGCCCAACAGUGUUAUUUACAAUAUUCUUAUCAAUGGAUUUGGCAAAGCGGGUGAAAUCGAUAUUGCUCUUGACUUGUUCAAAAAGAUGGUUAAAGAAGGAAUAAGGCCAGACUUGAAAUCUUACACCAUCCUUGUAGAAUGUCUAUGCAUAACUGGUAGAGUUGAUGAAGCUUUCCAGUACUUUGAGGAACUAAAGUUGACUGGCCUUGAUCCCGAUACAGUUUCAUACAAUUUUAUAAUCAACGGGCUUGGAAAAUCGCGUAGGUUGGAGGAAGCUCUUUCUCUUUUUAGCGAAAUGAAGAAUAGAGGAAUUUCUCCUGAUCUUUAUACUUACAAUUCAUUGAUUUUCCAUCUUGGAGUCACUGGAAAGGUAGAUCUAGCUGUAAAGAUGUAUGAGGAGCUGCAACUUGUGGGUUUAGAACCGAGUGUUUUCACUUAUAAUGCUCUCAUCCGCGGUCAUGGUUUGUCGGGAAACAAAGACCAAGCCUUCUCUGUCUUUAAGAAAAUGAUGGUUGUCGGUUGUAGCCCCAAUGCGGAAACAUUUGCUCAACUGCCUAAUAAAUGUUGAUUUUACUGUUAUCUCAUGUAAGUAUAUAUGUAACCAUUUCUCAUGUAAGUUUCAGAUCUCAAAAGGGUGGCAUGAAGGUAAUUGUAAAUGUUUUGCUAGAUAAUAUGUCAUAUUAACUUUUGAUCCUUUUUGUUUGUUCCGGGAUGGAUACUUUUCCAAGUUUGCCUAAAAAAAUUCAAUGACCAUGUUAUUUUGUGCAAAUUAUGUACUUCAAUCAGGAAAUCUCUGCUGAUAAAUGGUUACAAUUGUAUAAAAAUAGCCAACCCUGUCCAUAACACUGAAAGAGUAUUUCUAUCAUACCAUAUGGAACUAAUGAUGAAAAAUAUCAAGCAUAAGCAUGCCUUAUGCGAAGAGUUGUAUGAAAAGAGCUUUUGGAGUCCUAUUUUGCAGUCUUGCCAAAUAUCCCUUUAGAAUCAAAUAUAUAUAUAUCGUUAUGUUUUGUAAACUCAAAUAUAAACAAAUUUCAACUAAUUUUUUCAGCGUAUUAAAUUAUUAAAUGUUAGGAUUAGAAAAAUACCCUUUAGUUGAUAAGCAGGUGAGUGUUGCACGUCUUUUAAGAGAAAAACUUGACAACCUAAGCAAACAAAGACAAUAUGUUGAGCUGAGGAAGUUGGAGAUAUUGGAAGAGCAUAGUGCUUGAGGCAAGUGCUCAAAGAGAAGAGACACUUAACAAAAGUUGCAAGAAAGUAUCAAGAACAUUGAAAGGCAGUCAUCACCUGCUGAAGAACUGUCAUAGAUUCUGAAGAGAGCUGAUAAUUUAUUGCACUUAUACUCCGAAAUGCUCCUGUUGCUAUUGGCCAUCAGGUAUAUGAAUCUCAGAGCUUGUUGAAAUUGUUUUUGGCUCCCUCUUUUUUAUAUAUUAUAAGAGUUUUUGUUUUUUUGUUUUUUGAUAUAAUGAGAGCUAUGAUUCUGUUGAUGAAUUUUUAUUGAAGGACAAAGAGUUUCACUAUUGCUUUAUCUAUAAUCACUUUCUAAGUUUACAAGAGGAGGUAAUGAUUUGCUGCUAAAGCUCUUCUUCUUGCAAGGUUUAUAUGAUUGAUGAUGCAUCAAUACAAAUUAUUUUCUAUCAAAAGCUGAUGACAAAGAGAAACGUUCCUUGAAAAACGUAGGUGAGAAAAAGAGAAAGGAUGGCAACAAUUAGGGAAUAGAUUGUUGUUCAGAAAGCCAAGGAAAUACAACUAAGAUCUCCACUCUUUGGGGUUGUUUGCAUGGCUUAAAUUCUUUCCACCACAAAACUUGAUAGGGAUCAAAGACAACUCUUGGAUGUCAUAUCAUCGGGAGAUUUGAUUCUUGAACCUAUAAAUGACAUACUUGAUCUUUCCAAGGUUGAGUCAGGAUGGAAAUCUAUCCUUGUUUCAAGUUCUUAUAAGUUUUUUGUAAACCGCCCAUGAGGUAUCAACUCAUUGGUAAGAGUUUGAUCUUGUAACUCAGAAGGGUCAUAAUUCAAAUCCCUAAAAAAAUCGUAAAAUGACUAUUAGUGUCACUUUAAUUAAUAAUAAUGUAGUUUUAUUUAAAGUUGAGAAUUAUAUAGACUAAUUCCUCCCUCCCAAAAUCUUGAUUCUAUGUAGGAGUUACAAAGUUGAAAGCUACCAAAUUCCAACCAAGAGAAGUAGUAAAGCAAGUGCUUCAGACAGCUGCAAUAUCAUUGCAGAAAAUAUUUUACAAUUGCAUAAUUUUAACUGUUACUAACUUAAUACGUGUACUAGAUGGCCACGACUUCAAAUCAUAAAGCAUGAUUUAACCUGAUUAGUGCUUGAUUAAAUUAUUGUUCAUUUGCUUCAUGCAUAAUUGCAGGUCAUCAGUGAGGUUUUAAGGAUUCAGCAAAUUCUCACAGAUUUAAUCAGGCACUACAUUUUAUGUGAUUGGUAGUCUCAAAUCUGCAACAAUUGUUGCAGUUAACCACUCGCAAUGUUCUUAUUUAGUGCUUUAUUCUGUCAUUGGCUGCACAUAAUAUUGAAAUUGGGAAAGUAAAAGAACUUUAUUUAUUUUUAAUUAAUGUGUUUCUGUUGCUGUACACUUAACAAGUUAACAUUUAUAAUAUUUUGCAGCAAUGCCAUCAAAUUUACCCAUGAAGGCAAAAGCUAAAAGCAUACAAAAGUCAAAAGAUUACUUCAGGCCAUUCAACCGUUUCUGUGAAUGUAGUGAUAGAAUAAAAAUAUCACUCAACACCUCAUAACCACGGAUUUAAUGAUGAUUGUAGAUCUCCGGUUAAAAGUGAAUGCUCAAUGAACGGAGACACUGAGGAUCAACAUUACUCAACCAAAACAACGGCGUGGAUAAGCUGUGAUGUAUAUGAUACAGGCAUUGGAAUACCAGGUUGAGUGGAUGGGAGUCGUCUAACAGUAUCUAGCAAAGAACAGCAUGGUUCUACCUUCACAUUCAUACUACCAUACAAGGUUUCAAUAGCUUGUGAUAGUUCUGAUUACUCAGAUGAGCUCUUAGACAUGGAGCAUAAUGAUGCAGCUUUUGAUGAUCCAACCGAAUGUUCCUUUCAAUUCCAACCACCAGCUUUAGGCUCUCUAUUCACCUCUAAUGGAAUAAACAGAACUCACAAGUUAUUGCCGCAGAAAUUUACUGGAUUUUUUAGAGUUUAUUCUCAUUUCCUUCUAAUUCUGAUGACUCAUAUCAAAUGGGACAUGUUCAGUUGAUGAGUCAUCAUCAGAAGAUAUGUCUGAAUCAGUUAGUUCAUCAAGUCACACCUCAUAAAUAAAGCACAAAUUUUUAGUUAGCAUAGCGAAAAAGCAUCCAUAUAAAUACACGGUUCAUGAAUCUAUAUAAA